AUGUGUCUGGUUGAGUCAUGUAAUUGGAGGAUCCAUGCCUGUGUGUUGUUGGAUGGGGUCAGUUGGGCCAUUAAAACUCUUGUCAGUGAGCACAAGUCUUGUGGGAGACUUGAGGAGAAUCCCAUGGUGACAUCUCAGUGGCUAUGCACCAAACUACUUCCUGACAUUGAAGCAAAUCCAGAAAUCCCAAUUAAGACACUUCAAAGAAAGGCAUUGGGGAUUUAUAGGGUACAAGUGAAACAGAGGUUGAUGUACAAGGUGAGAAGCCUCGGGAGGCAGCAAAUUUAUGGAGGUUUUGAUGAGUCAUAUGCCCUUUUACCAUCCUAUGCUGAAAUGAUCAAAUCUACCAAUCCUGGGAGUUAUGCCUUGGUCACUUGGACUGCAGAUUCUGGUAACGUGACACCCCGUUUCAAGGCUUGCUUUUUCUCCUUUGCUGCACAAGUUAGGGGUUUCUUAAGAGGUUGUAGGCCUAUCAUAGGCAUUGAUGGUGCACAUUUGAGUGGAUACUAUAAGGGAAUUCUCCUCACUGCAGUUGCUAUCGAUGGGAAUAAUGAGAUUUUUCCAUUAGCCUAUAGCAUUGUGAGUACGGAGAGUAUGGACACAUGGUCCUAUUUUUUCAGAAGUUUGAAGGCUUUGUUUGUUCAACAUGGGUGCCAGAGGGAUGACUGGACUUUUAUUAGUGACAGAAUGAGGGGAGUAGAAUCUUCUUUGUAUGAUGUUUUCCCCAAAGCAGUCAGGAGGGUCUGUGCUCAGCAUCUGUAUACCAACUGCAGACAAGCUGGAUACAGUGGCACAGCCUUCCAUGACUUGUUCUGGGUUGCUGCUGAUGCAUACAAUCCAUAUGUCUUCAACAAAGCCAUGGAAAAGAUUGGCAAACUCAUCCCAGAAGCAGUGGGAUAUCUUGACAAAGUGCCUGAACAGUGGUCCAGACACAAGUUUGAUGUUGGGGUCACUUGUGAUCACAACACCACCAACUUUGUGGAAUCCUUCAACGCGUGUACCAAACCCUUUAGGGAUCUUCCUGUUUUGUCACUUCUUGAAGAAAUAAGGUCUUGGUGCAUGACGAAGAUCGGGGCCAGAUUUGAUAAAGCUGUUGACAUUGGACCCGAUCAAUUGACGCCAUAUGCUACUAAGGAGCUUGAAGAGAGGAGUGCUGACUCGAGGUUCUGUUAUGCAACUAAUGCUGGGGGGGGUGAAUUUGAGGUUUUAGAUGGUCAUGUGAAGUUCCCUAUUAGGCUUGCUGCUAGAGUUUGUGGUUGUGGGAAAUGGCAAGGGUGUGGUAUACCUUGCAAGCAUGCUAUUAGGGUAAUAUACCAUCAAAGACUCAAUCCUACAGAUUUUGUUUCUCCUUACUUCAAAGGGGCAGCCUAUAAGCUCACAUACUCAGAGCAUAUUCACCCCAUGCCUGACUCAACACAGUGGCCUACAUUUGAGCUACCUAGGAUUCUUCCCCCACUAAUGAGAAGGGCAGCUGGCAGACCAGCCAAGCAGAGAAGAAGAGGUGCUCAUGAGAAGAAGAGGGGGAAAAGAAACACCACUGUCAAGUGUGGGAAAUGCAAGCAAAUUGGGCAUAACUCAAGAACCUGUAAAGGAGGUUCCACUGCAAAACAGAGGAAAGAAUCUGCUGCAGCUGCUGCUGGUUCUGCUGGUGCAUCAACAUCUGGUGCUAGGAAGAGGAAGGCUCCAACAUCUAAUGCAUCGAGCAGCAAGAAGUCCAAAGCUGCAUAACUAGAAGUAAGCUUAGGAUUCAGUUUAGUAUUUCUGUUUUAAAGCUUAGGUUUAUUUUGAAAAACAACUUAGGUUGUGGCACAUUUUGGCAUUUUUUUGUAAAGCUACCCACAACUUGAUGUUCGGUUUAUUUUGGAAACAAACUAUUUCAGUUACGAGUUCAAAGACUUGCAUAUUAUUGAUAAAUGAAAUUCAUGUGCUCGUGCCAUUACAACCAUCAUUGUUUGUCUUGAUUACUUCUUUACUACAAACAUUAGACACAAAAACAUUACAAUUCCUAUUUUAAUUGCUGCAGCUUGGAAUUUUUUGAGCUCUUUCACUCUUUUCUUCAGUUUCUUCAGUUCGUCACUUAUAUUGUCGUUGUCUUCCGAUGUUCCCUCAUACUCUAUAUUGCUCUGUUGCUGUUGGUGUUGUUGAUUUUGGUGUAGAACACUUCCUUUGCACCACAUAAAAUGGUUACAAGGAUCACACUUGUAAUAUAGCCUCUGUGGAUUUUUGGAUGUCUCGGAGCUUUUUAUUGCACAUUUUUUGGAACAAAUAGGACAACAUUUGUUUGGAACAAGUAUGUAUGAAAACAGAUUGGAUGAUGAUGUAUUGGAACAAGAACUCAUGCUGUGUUGUUGUUCUUGCUGCUCUGUUGUUGCUGCUUCUGUUGUUGAUGCUUCUGUUGUUGCUGCUUCUGUUGUUUGUUAUUGUUGUUGUUGUGUUGUGUUGUUCUUGCUGCUGGUGUUGUCUAUUCUUGUUGUUGCUGUGUUGUUCUUGCUGCUGGUGUUGUGCUGUGUUGAAGUCCUUGCUGCUGCUGCUAUUGGUGUUUGUUCUUGUUGCUCUGCUGUCUUGUUAUUCUUGUUGUUGCUGCUGCUGUUGUUGUUUGUUCUUGCUGUUGCUGCUGCUGGUGUUGCAGGGUUCUGCUUGUUGUUGGUGCUCCUGUUGCAGUGUUCUGGUUGUGCAGGUGGGGGUUUGGGGUGGACUGUUUGUGCAGUUGGGGGGGAUUGGGGUUUAGGGCAGUGUGGUGUUGUUGUUGGGUAUGGUAUAUAUAAGGGAAAUUAGUGUAUGGGUGACUGCAACGACUAUAUUAUUCAAAUUCAACGGCUAGUUUUUGGAAAAAAAUUUACCAAACCUCAGGGGUAUUUGGUGCUUUUUACCAAACCUCAGGGGUAUUCGGUGCAUUAUGUUUUAACGAACUAACUGCCUAACGGAGGGUUAACGUCCGUCAGACAAAAGGGCAUUUAAUGAUAUUAUUGCAUACGUCAGGGGUGUUUGGUGCAUUUUGGAAAGUUUAGGGGUAUUUGGUGCAUUAAAGUAAACCUCAGGGGCAUUUGGUGAAAAAUCCGAAAAUAAAAUGGCUGAAAACUCCCGCCUAAUUGAAAAAUUAAAGCAAUUUAACCCUAAUUCGAUCUCUUCCUUCGCUUUCUCUCUCCUCACUUCCAUUACCCUCAAAUCGGUAUAGGUCAGACGCCAUUGCAAGAAAGCUGGCCAAACUAGGUUAUAUGUGCCGACGGGACUUCAAUUCCUCAAAAUGUGACCCUGAACAACCAUGAUGAUUCUGAUUAUGAAGUCAGACCUUGUAUUACAGAUGCUCCAAAGACCAAGUUCAAGAUCAAGGCUUUAAAAUUUUAGCAUUCCCGCUCAAUCAAUUAGGUGGCCAAGAACCUGGCUCAAACUUGAAAUGAAGAAUUUUGCAUGUACAAGAUUCAAAGCUGAUACCCAAUUUUUGAUAAGGUGGACGUGAAUGGUCUAAAUACAUGCCCAAUUUACCAGUUCCUCAAGUCCAAGGUGGGUUUUCAAGUGACUUAGUCAAGUGGAAUUUUUAGAAGUUUAGCUGCUGCUGCCUUGCUAUUGCUGUUCUACUGCUGUUCUUCUGAUAUUGCUGUUCUUCUGCUGAUACUGUUGUUUGGCUGACACUGCUGUUCUGCUGUUCUUCUUUUUGUUGAUUUGGUUUGACUUUUUAUAAAGUUUUGUUUAUGCACCAAUCCAUUGAACUUUAAUCAUGCAUUAAAGUUGUCAGUAGUGAUAGAAAUAUCUGAAUAUACCAAUCAGGCUUCGUCUAAGACAUUUUUUUGACAACUAUUCCAAGACAUGUUAUUUUUGUGGUUUUAUUGGUAGUUUUGGGCUUGCGGGUUGUUGCAAGCCCUAGGGUGUUUUUUGGUUGAGGUUGAACAACAAUUGGUUUUCUUUUGUUUAAUAAUAUUUUUUGGAGUUGAUAAA